AUGGCGGAGACUUUCGCAUUCAAUGCAGACAUCCAACAGCUGAUGAGUUUCUCGGCAGGCUUGAUCAUCAAUACCUUCUACUCCAACAAGGAGAUCUUCCUGCGAGAGCUCAUCUCCAAUGCCUCGGAUGCUCUGGACAAGAUUCGCUACGAAUCGAUCACGGAUCCAGACAAGAUCGAGGCGCAGCCCAACUUCUUCAUCAAAAUCAUCCCGGACAAGACCAAUUCGACUUUGACCAUCGAAGACUCCGGCAUCGGCAUGACCAAGAACGAAUUGAUCAACAACCUCGGGACCAUCGCCAAGUCAGGCACCAAAGCCUUCAUGGAGGCCAUGGCGGCCGGCGGCGACAUCUCCAUGAUUGGCCAGUUCGGCGUCGGCUUCUACAGCGCAUACCUCGUCUCGGACAAGGUCCGCGUCGUCAGCAAGCACAACGACGACGAGCAGUACAUCUGGGAGAGCGGCGCCGGCGGAUCCUUCACCGUGCAGAAGGACACCGAGCUGGUGCACGGCCAGAUCAAGCGAGGUACGAAGAUUAUCUGCUACCUCAAGGAAGACCAGUCCGAGUUCCUGGAGGAGCGACGCUUGAAGGACUUGGUGAAGAAGCACUCCGAGUUCAUCGGCUUCCCCAUCGAGCUGUACGUGGAGAAGUCCAAGGAGAAGGAGGACUCCGAGGAGGAAGAGGAGGAGAAGAAGGACGAGAAAGAGGGUGACGAGCCCAAGAUCGAGGAAGUGGAUGAGGAGCUGUCCGGGGAGCUCGGAGUAGCAUAUCUGAACAAGAUUGUAUGUCUUAACGAAGGGAAGGUGAAGGAGGUCUCGCACGAGUGGGAGCGGCUUGGCGGGACAGGUCAGUUUGAAGGGUUGACGCUCACCCGUGACCACCUCGCGGUGAAGCACUUCAGCGUCGAGGGCCAGCUGGAGUUCCGUGCGCUGCUCUUCGUUCCCCGCCGGGCGCCCUUUGACCUCUUCGAGAGCAAGAAGAAGCGCAACAAUAUCAAGCUGUACGUGCGUCGUGUCUUCAUCAUGGACGACUGCGAGGAGCUGAUGCCAGAGUGGCUGAACUUCGUCAAGGGUGGGCCACGCAUUUGCAUCGACGAGGUUGAACUGUUGGCCGAGCUCCUCCGCUACCACACCUCCAAGUCUGGAGACGAGCAGAUCAGCCUGAAGGAGUAUGUCGACCGCAUGAAGGAGGGACAGAACGACAUCUAUUAUAUCACAGGUGAGAGCAUCGCGGCGGUAUCUUCCUCUCCUUUCCUGGAGACCCUGCGAAAGAAGGGCAUCGAGGUGCUUUACAUGAUCGACCCCGUCGACGAGUACUCCGUGCAGCAGCUGAAGGAGUUCGAUGGCAAGAAGUUGAAAUCCACCACCAAGGAAGGUUUGGACAUCGAGGACGAGGACGAGAAGAAGAAGCUGGAGGAGAUGAAGGCCGAGUUUGAGCCUCUCACGAAGUUGAUGAAGGAAGUCCUCGGAGACAAGGUGGAGAAGGUCAUCGUUAGCUCUAGGAUGGCCGACUCCCCUUGCGUGCUGACCACCUCCGAGUACGGCUGGUCUGCCAACAUGGAGCGCAUCAUGAAGGCCCAGGCGCUGCGCGACAACUCCAUGACUUCCUACAUGGUCUCCAAGAAGACCAUGGAGGUGAACCCGAAGCACUCCAUCAUGGCGGAGCUGAAGAAGAAGGCCGCUGCCGACAAGUCGGACAAGACGGUGAAGGACCUGAUCUGGCUUCUCUUCGACACCUCCCUGCUCACCUCGGGCUUCAACCUGGACGAGCCCACCCAAUUCGCUGGCCGCAUCCACCGCAUGAUCAAGCUCGGCCUGAGCAUCGACGAUGACGAUGAGGGCCUGGGCGACGACGAUGACCUGCCCCCGCUUGAGGAAGUUGAGGGCGCGGCCGACGAGGCCUCCAAGAUGGAGGAGGUCGACUAG